UUUUAAGUUAACUUGGAAACAAUGAAGUUGGUCUUAUUACUGGGAGUAUUUUUAUUUUUGCCAUUUUACCAAUGCCUAUUGGUUGAAGACUAUAACUUUACAGUUCAUACGCGUUUCUCCCGAUCCGUGGCUAAUAUGGAUAAGUUGUUGAAACUGGAGGAGGAGCUGGCAUUAAAUUUGGAGAAAUACGCAGAGGUUCUCAUGCUGAAAGCUAACACAAUCAAAUGGGGUGUUCAACUGAUGGCUUAUAGACACAUCGAGGAAAGUACCCUGGCAUGGGAUUACCUGAAAAGCUAUUCGCUUACAGUUCAUAUGCAGGCGGACUGGUUGAGGUGGCAAUUAUUCAUUGAAAAACCAGUGGGUUUGGAAUAUCUGGACUAUAUGAAAUCUAUUAAACCAUCUUUGCCCCAGAGCUGGGACUUUAAUGAUGCUUCAGAAGGUUUGAGAAGAAUGCAAGGGGUCUACCAGUUGAAAGCAAAUGAUAUUUCCGGAGGAUUACUGGAUGGUGUCAAGUACAAUUCUACUUUUUCGUAUUUAGAUUGUAUUUCCAUGGCUCAACAUCUUAUGAAUCAAUCUCGAUGGGAAAAUGCUGCACAAUGGACUCAAGCUGGAAUAAAAUUGUUUAAGUCAACCAAAAAAUCGACAGAACUGGAGCUGAUAAGAGGCUUGAAACUAGAAGAAUUUUACAACACAUUGGCGUUUUCGCUAGUGCAACAAGAUGAGUCACAAUUGGCUUUGGAGGCAUCCGAGAAUGCUCAUAAAAGCGCUCCCCAUGAUGCAGAAAUAUUCAAAGCAUAUCAGAAACUGGAGAACCAGAUACUCUCCAACCCUAUACCGGUUAACAACAAUAAUAAUUCCCAUUUAAAAGACCAAGGCGAGGAUCUUCAGUUGCCUCGAUGUUGUAAUGGUCGCUGUGAGAUUGCGAGAAAAUUCAGUCUAUAUUGUCUGUAUAACACCAAAACUUCGCCCUUUUUACGCUUGGCGCCUAUCAAAACGGAACUACUUUCCAAGGACCCGUAUAUUGCCAUUUUCCACGAUGUUGUUUACCCAAAGGAACUCACAAGAAUUCGCACAGCGUGCAAGAGCCACUUAAUAGCAUCGACCACAAUUAAUUACACCUCUAACGCCUAUAGUGUCGAUUCGUAUCGCACAUCAAAAUCAGUGUGGAUUCCGACGGACAGCAAUAAUUUGACUCAGCGGAUAACUAAUUUAGUGGGAGAUGCCACAGGCCUUGAAAUGACUACUUCAGAGAUGUUCCAAGUGAUUAACUAUGGGAUUGGUGGUCUCUUUGAGGCCCACAUGGAUCCGGUACUCUCGAAUGCCGCACGAUUUAAUGGAACCGACGAUCGUUUUGCCACCACUAUAUUUUGGUUAAGUGAUGUGGAGCAGGGCGGCGCCACAAUUUUCACAAAACUAAACCUCACUGUAUUUCCCCAAUCUGGUUCGGCACUAUUUUGGUAUAAUUUGGACAAUUGGGGAAAUGAGGAUAAGAGGACCGAACAUGCUGGAUGUCCGGUCAUUGUGGGUUCUAAGUGGAUCAUGACUAAAUGGGUGACUGAUAUGGGACAGGAGUUUCGAAAACCUUGUUACAAAUCUGGAGUUUUUCCAUUACCUUUUUAAGUUUAAGUAACAUUUUUAAGCAGCUUAUUAAUGAAUUAAUACAAUAAACAUAUUUUAAAAAAGAAUUAAAAAAAA